UUAACAAUUUCACAAAUUUGUUAUAACGUCUAAAAAUGGAGAUGAAAGCAAUCCAAGAUAUCGGCAUAGGCGAAGACCUCACCCCACCCCUCCGCCCUCUCGCCGCCGUCCUCCACCACUCCGCCCUCACCUCCCAUUGCUCCGCCUGCUUCUCCACCCUUCCUCGCCACCCCUUCUCCCCUUUUGCCGAUAAUGCUCCCACUCCUCUCUACUGUUCCCUCAGCUGCUCCGCCGCCGAUUCCGCCCUCCAUUCCUCCUCCGGCGAACACCACCUCCUCUCCAACUCUCCCCAUUCCUCGUCGGACUCCUCCUCCGACCUCCGCCUCUCCCUCCGCCUCGCUCAUAUUUUCCAGAACCUUCCGCAAGAUUGCACCUUUACCCCUCAAUCAUCGUUUGUUGGAACAAAAAAUGAAUCCCAAUCCCUUUGUUGUUUGGAGAGAAUCGCCGGUUUGAUGACCAAUCGCGAGAAUUUGGUCAAGAAAACCCAAAUUGAUGAUCAUGAUUACGACGAAAGUUUGAAGAGGAUUAGAGAGGGGGCGGAAAUGAUGGCCAUGGCGAGGGGCAAAGAUGUAAAUUCAGAGGGCUUUGCGUUAGAAGAGAUGGUUCUGUGUUUGGUAAUGACCAAUGCAGUUGAGGUUCAAGAAAAGAGCGGAUGUUGCUUAGGGAUUGCUGUUUACGAUGCUGCAUUUUCCUGGAUCAAUCACAGUUGUUCUCCGAAUUCUUGCUACCGGUUCUCGGUGGGGCCCGCGAACGUCGAGCGGCUGCCUCUGAGGAUUGCUCCGGCCACCUCCAUAGAUGUCAGCUGCAGCGGCAGAAAUGGUGAUGGUUUGAGAUAUCAUGUUCAAGACAGAUAUGGUUAUGGCCCAACACUUGUAGUUCGAAGUGUAAAGUCUAUUUGCAAAGGUGAAGAGGUUACUAUUGCAUACACUGAUUUGUUACAGCCUAAGGAAAUGAGACAGGCAGAACUAUUGUUCAAACAUCGGUUCAGCUGCAGCUGUAAGCGUUGUGGUGCUUGGCCUACAAGCUACGCGGACUAUGCCUUGCAAGCACGCCCUACGGACAAUCCUGAGAGUUCAGAUGACGAAAUAGAGAAGGUGAUGCAAAACUCCGUCUUUGAAGAUGCCAUUACUGACUAUCUUUCGUUUGGUGACACAAAAUUAUGCUGUCAAAAGCUUGAAGUCUUCCUUUGCGAUUACGACUACAGUUACAAGUCCCUGGAAUCAAAGGAAACAAAACUUCCGCAGAAAGUGAAGCUCCAUCCUUUUCAUCAUAUUUCUCUCCAAGCUUACACCGCAUUGGCUUCUGCUUAUAAAGUUCAAGCGAGUGAUUUAUUGGCUCUCAGUUGUCAACUUGAAGCUCUCAAAAUGGACAAGAUGAGUUCUGCAUAUUCGUUGUUGCACGCUGGGGUUGUCAACCACCUUUACAUGUCUGAACCAGCCAUUGUGACGGCCGCUGCAAAUUUCUGGAUAAAUGCAGGGGAAUCACUGCUCAAUCUUGCUAGAAGAUCCUUGAAGGAUGAUGGGGAACCAUUCCAAAUAGAGUUAUCAACCUUACUAACUCUCGAAUGUGAUGAUUGUUGUCUUGUGGAUAGUUUAGAAGCAAAUACAGUUAGGCCGGAGUUGGAGGAAAUGAAGAGUCGGCUGUGUAACUGCAUUGCGAAUAUAGCCUCAAAAGUAUGGAGCUUUCUUUCUUCUGAAAGUAAUUUUUUGAAGUUUAUUCAGAACCCAGUUGAUCUUAGGUGGCUUGAAUCUCCAGCAGAUUCAGAGGUUUCAGAUACCGACUCUCGGUUGCGGGUUGAGAUAUGUAGUAAUGAAGUGAAAAUGAAUCUCAUUUUGUUGAGCAUUCACUGUUUGAGGUAUGGUGCUAUGUUAUUAAGCAUCUGUUACGGUUUUUCGGUCGAAACGAAUUAUCUUAGGGCUCUUGAUGAUAUAAUGAAAGCCUGAUUAGGUAUGGAAAAUGGAAAUCAAUUUCAAAAA